UCUACUGAUCAGUAGAGGAAGUAUGCAGCGGAGCUUGUUUUGAAGGUUGAAAACUGGACAGGUUAGCUAACAGAGUUAUGAUCCUCAGACCUCAAAGUUCUGUCAGCUUCAUCUGAACUUCCAUCCACAUCUUCAGUAAUGUCUGGUUUGACCAGCUAUGCGGUGCGCAUGGCGAGGCUGAGCUCCAGGAUCUUUGGAGAAGUCGUACGUCCGACUGACACCAAAUCAAUGAAGGUGGUCCAGCUGUUCCAGGAGCCCCCACUGGCCAGAAGGAAGGAGGUGUACGAAUGGUAUCCUCAUCACAAGGUUUACUACGCCAUGACCCAGAAGCUCAGGUUCAUGGGAUUGUUCAGAGAUGAGCAUGAGGACUUCAAAGAGGAGAUGCGGCGCCUGAGGAAGCUUAGAGGAAAAGGGACACCGAAGAAAGGAGAAGGAAAGAGGGCGGGAAAGAAAAAAUAAACUGUCCUGGAGCGUCUGGCAGGAAACGAGCCUUUUUUCUCUCUAAGUUCUCCUCCUUCCUCCCACAGUCCAAACUCCACCGCUAGCUUGAUUGGCUUCUCUAGUUUAUCCCUGGGGGGGGGUGUCUCUGUGUCACCUGUCCAGGGUGUAACCCCGCCCCUCGCCCACAGACUGCUGGGACCCGCCCCACCCUGAUGGGGGGGAUG